AUGGUGCUCCUCAGCCUAUGUGGAUGGCCCGUCGCCCUCCGGAUCCUCAAGGUCAAGUUCAAUGCUCUAUGGGACAACCAGGAGGCGGUGGUGGAAAUGUUCCUCGAGGUCCAUGUUACAAUUGCGGUGGGCGAGGAACUUGAUGUCUUUGUGAUUAUUUUUAUCGAUGAUAUUCUUAUCUUCUCCAAGACUGAGGAAGAGCAUGCUGAGCAUCUCCGCAUCAUUCUUCAAAGACUUCGUGAUCAUCGUCUCUAUGCUAAGUUUAGUAAGUGUGAAUUCUGGCUCAAGAAAAUAUCUUUCCUCGGACAUGUUUUAUCUGAGAAUAGUAUUGAGGUUGAUCCUGGCAAAGUGGAAGAUGUGCUCAAUUGGGCGCAACCUCAAAAUGUCAAGGAGGUGAGAGGUUUUCUUGGACUUGCUGGUUAUUAUCGUAGGUUCAUUGAAAAUUUCUCCAAGAUUUCCAAGCCCCUGACUGAGUUACUGAAGAAGGAUGUUCCCUUCAAGUGGACCGAUCCUUGCUCUUGCUACACUCUCACUUGA